AUUUUCUGUAAUUUUCUUAUAAUCAACAAAUAUUAUUGCUUUUAUCUUUCUCUCUAAUUCCUGUUUAAUUUUCUUUUCUCACUUUUUUUUUUUUUUUUGCUUUUAUGAUACUAUUUGGUAGGGAUCUAUAAGGAUUUUUCAUCCAAAAAUGAAUGAUUCAAUGAAAUUCUCAAGUGGGCAUAGAGAUAAGGAAGAAGACCACUCAAAAGUCUUGGGUUUGGAAGAUAUUGCUCAAUUUGAAUCGAGAAGCGUUCCAGAGCCUUUACAAUUACCAACUGACAAUCCUAAUGAACUACUCGAAAAGAACAAAAGACAAAAAUUCAUUAUUUCUCUCGAAGCAAUGGAGCACAAAAGGAUAAUGGCUUAUGAAGCUAGAAAAUGGGUAGGUGUUUUGGUGUACAAAGAGAUUAAUGAUAGGUUGGGUUACUUGGGAAAAGUCCAAGCUUAUGACGAGGUUACUAAACUUUACAAGAUAAUGUAUGAUGAAGAAAGUUAUGAGGAGUUGACUAAGGAAGAAAUGAUGAAGAUUGUCGCUUCUCCUCACUUAGCCUGUGAAUACCUUGCCCUUAAAGAGACUAAGGAAAAAGAACAAGUGGAGAAGAUUAAAACAACAAAAGCAAAAUCCUCUGCAAAAAGGAAAAAGCGAUCAUCAAUGAGACAAUUUAAUACAAAGGAAAAGGCCAAGAAAACAAAGGCUAGUGACUAUGUUCCUCUUGCAUUUAGUGAGAAAAAGAGGGAUGACUAUUAUUGGUAUUGAUGAUAUUGGCAACAUGAGAAGCGUGCAUCAACAACCUAUAGUUGAAUAUGGUUUUUUAAUAUAGUUUUUUCUCAAAUUGGAUAUUUUUUUUUUUCGAAAAAAAACUUAAGAUCUUUUUUUAAGCAUGUAUGAUAAAGUUAAAUAAUGAUGUUAUGGAGAAAGGGAUAUGAACUUUUGAAGUCUUUCUAUUCUUUUAGGAUCAAUAAUUAUAAAAUCAACUUUUGUUU